AUGAGCGCGGAUGAGAAUUGUCGGGACGCGCGGGGCGCGGAGACGACGGGCGACGGAUUUCCGAGCGGGGAGUUCGUGGAAGAGGAGGAUGGAAACGCGUUCAUGGGAUCGGGAGAAACGUCGAUGUUUCGAAACGAGGCGGAGCGGCGCGCGGCGUGGGCGCUGGGGUUGCUCACGGUUGCGUAUUGUCACGCGAGCGCCACGGGGUUCCUGUUACCGAGUCUGCUCCCGGCGAUGAGCGUGGAGCUCAAACUAGACGACGAGCAAGGAGCUUUGCUCACGACGCUAUUCACGGUGAUUUACUCCUUGUUGUUGCCAUUCAUAGGGGUGCUGGCAGAUAAGGUGGAUCGGAAAAAUUUGCUCACCGCGGGGGCGGCUACGUGGACGCUCGCAUCCUUCAUGACGGCGCACUCACAGAACUUUGCGGCGUUAGUGGUGUCGAGGGGGUUGUUUGCGAUCGGAAACGGGGCUCAGAAUCCGGUGGCCUUUAGUAUGAUUCCAGAAAUGUUCCCUAGGAACAAGGCGUUGGCGCUUAGCGCGUACAACUUGGCCAUUCACGCCGGACGAGCAGUGAGUUUCGCGAGCGGGGCGUUCGUCGGACGCGCAAUCGCGCCCCCGGGCUCGGAGCAGCAUAUAUUGACGAACGAGCCCAUCACGCUUCCGCUCACGUACCUCACCGAAAUCGGUGCGUUGGGUGCGCACACGAUCUUGUACACCACCGCCGAUUCUGUUGUGUUGACUCCAAACGUUGGGACGGUGCUCGAGAACACCGUCGGUCCGGCGUUGAUGAAGUCCGGCAUGUCUUGGCACGAGAUCUUCGAUCUCGUCGCGUUCCCGGGGCUAUUGAUAGCUCCUCUCAUCUUGUUCACGAUUACAGAUCCGGGACGCACGUCCACCGGAUCGCGAGCGAUGAAGCGUCGCCAGCGAGCGCUCGAGCGAGAGAAGAGCAGAGAGCGAGAGAAGAUGUUUGAGAACUUACCAACUAUCGAUAAUGGUGGUUUAGUCGCGCUCGUGGGCGCAUCAGUCGACGACGAGUUUGAUCUUGACUCCGAGUCGAGUAGACGAAACGUGGCGGUGACGGCGACGACGACACAGCUCGGCAUGAUGGGCAAGUAUAAAUCAGUUCCUAUCAAGCCCAAGACAGACGACGGUUUGUUUGGGUCCAUGGCGGCGUGCUUUGAGAGCAAGGCGUUCAGACGUGUGACCACUGCGUCGACGCUGGUCGACGUCGCCGGUUGGUCCAUGAUUGCUUUCCAAGCGGCGUUUUACGAGCGCGUAUUCGACCUUACGCCGGCCGAGUACGAUCCUCUCCUCGCGCUCAUAAUUCCUUUGGCAGGCGUCACCGGCGGCUUGGGAGGGGGAUGGAUUUGCGAUAGGCUCCAGGCUCACGGUCCGAGAGGACAGCGUUGGUUCAUCUCGUUGAUGACGAUAGCGGCCGGCCCGCUUCUCGCGGCUUCAAUCCUCGCCGAUGACUAUAAGGUGUCCCUGGCAUAUUUGUUCCCGGGCAUCUUAGCCGCGGAAGUAUUCCGCGCUCCCACGGCGGUGAUGACGCGGGAGGCUUUGCCAGACUCACCGUCCGUCGCCGCGGCCACGCACCUGGCUGUUAGAAACCUGAUUGCCGGAAUAGGACCACUUUUAGUGGCCUACCUCGCCCACAAGUACGACUUGCGGCACGCAUUGUUACUCGCGCCUGUGUUUUACGUUCUGGCGGGCAUCUCGUACUUCGACGCCAUCGGAGUCUUAACCAAGGAAAAACAAGCGCGUGUCGAGGCGACGCGCAAGCAAGCAAGCAAGAAAAAAAUGAUGCAGAAAGCAGCGUAA